AGACCGACCAACUUCUCCACGCCCACCACAGGAAAAGUCGGGAAAACACAUCUGUACGCGCGCAUGUCGUCGUUUCUUGUAUCCUGUGCGUGAUUUUGAAGCUGUGACGGUGAAUAUCAGGAGGGCGGUAAUUCACCGGAGCACUUACGGAGUAGUUCUCGCCACUUGGCCGCUGUUGAGGGCGGUGUAGCCGGGUUGCAAUGCUGGGACGGUUCGCUGCGAUGGAGAGCACGCACUAACCGGAUUUGGAGUAGCCUUUUUUUUUCUGGAUUACACUCUUUUUAAACCGACCUGGUCAUUUUUCCUCUUUGUUUAUUGGUAGCGUGGAGUAGGAGGAAAUACUUUGAAAAUGCCUGCAAAAACCAAGUAUAACCUCGUAGAUGAUGGGCAUGAUUUGAGGAUCCCGUUGCACAACGAGGAAGCGUUCCAGCAUGGGAUCAACUUUGAGGCAAAGUACAUCGGCAGUCUGGACGUGACGCGGCCGAGCAGCAGAGUGGAAAUAGUGGCUGCAAUGCGAAGAAUACGGUAUGAGUUCAAAGUGAAAAACAUCAAGAAGAAAAAAGUCAACAUCGUGGUGUCCGUGGACGGCGUCAAAGUCAACUUGCGGAAAAAGAAAAAAAAGAAGGAGUGGACGUGGGAUGAGAGCAAGAUGAUGGUGAUGCAGGACCCCAUUUACAGGAUAUUCUACGUGUCUCAUGACUCCCAGGAUCUAAAGAUUUUCAGCUACAUCGCAAGGGACGGCCAGAGUAACGUCUUCCGCUGCAACGUCUUCAAGUCCAAGAAGAAGAGUCAGGCCAUGCGGAUCGUUCGGACUGUCGGCCAAGCAUUCGAGGUUUGCCACAAACUGAGUCUGCUGCACACACAGCAGAACGCAGACGGACAGGAAGACUGCCACAGUGAAAAGAACGGCAACGACUCUUCUGUCAACGCCCGGGAGCUAACAGGUGCAGAGAAGACUCUUUCCAUCACAGAGGAGACAGACAUCGACGCAGAGGAGGUGAUCCAGGUGCCGGCAGCGGAGGACUUAAAUCCCGACAGAGGAGUGACGGAUCUGGACGCUACAGUUAAGACAGCUGAGGUGAACCACACAGAGAACAAGCCUGCGGAGGAGACCUCUCUGAUGAUCGCCAGCCCCAGGAUGCUUCUACCUGCGUCAAGCACGCUGCCACCAGGCGGCCCCCUUUCUAUCCACCACCAGAUCCAGCUGCUCACACAGCAGCUCCAGCAGCAGCAGCAGCAGACACAAGUUGCUGUGGCACAGGUCCACUUGUUGAAGGACCAGCUGAGUGCGGAGGCCACGGCUCGGCUGGAGGCCCAGGCUCGGGUCCACCAGCUGCUGCUACAAAACAAAGACCUGCUGCAGCACAUCUCCCUGCUGGUUAAACAGAUCCAGGAGCUGGAGAUCAAGAUGUCUGGACCAAACUCCAUGGGAUCUCAGGACAGUUUGUUGGAGAUCACCUUCCGGUCUACGGUGCCUCCAGUGAUCUGUGACCCAACCACGCCAAAACCAGAAGUCUCCGCCCUCAACCUACCUGCGUUAGGAACCACAGACGGGACCAGCAACGCCUUCUCAUCCUCCAACGGGACCCUGGGAAGCCCCCUAGUUGAUCAAAGUAUGUUUGAGAACUCAGUCGCACAGCAGCAGAGUCCUCAGACCUCCAGGCCGGGCCAGCCCUUGGCCAGGCGCUCCACGGCAUCUUCUAAUCCAAACCUGGGGUCAGGCUCGGUGGACUCUCCAUCCUCUGGAGGCCAACAGAGGCUUAAAAACGCCAUUAAUCUGGGCAAAGCUGUAGGCGCAAAGGUCAAUGAUCUUUUAAGAAGAAAAGAGCCGAGCCACCUCGGGGACAUCGGGGUAACUGAGGUCAACAAGAGCGCUGGUGCUAUCUGGAGCUGUAUGGACCAGAUGAAUCAGACUACCGUUAACAGUCACAUCUCCUCCUACGACUCCUUCCCUCGUCUGGACCCUCCGCCCCCGUCAGGGAAGAAGCGACUGCCUCGGGCUCUGAAAACCACCCAGGACAUGAUGAUCUCCUCUGAUCCUGUGGUCUCCUCUUCAGACGCUGUUGACACUUCCUCUUUCCUCUCCUCUCCUGAAAAGAAGCCGCUCAUCAUUGAAGAGGAGCAGCAGCGUGGGGAGAGGGAGGGAGAAGGGUCAGAAGAAAUCACAAAAGCAGAAGAGAAAGUUGCUGCUGAGCUUGAGACGAGGGGAAGCAACAGUAAUGUAGAUGGAGCCAUCGAUGGAGGAGGAAACAAUGUGGAAAACACAGAAGGAGGCGAGGAGGAGCAUCAGACCCAGCUUCAGCUUUCUGUUCCAGACCUCAUCAACAAAGAUCCCCCCAUGCUGGAGCCCCGAGCUAAACCCUGCGACGUCUGGCAGAAGGCUCCUGGGCCAGACUCCCGCCUGGCCUCCACCCCCCGCUCGGGGAAAACUCCCUGCCGCAUCAGCCUGGGGGAGGAGGUCCUGCUGGGGAACGGCGCCCCCUGCAGUAAAGUAACCGGAGUGAGCACUGAAGACUCAGAGCACCACCCAGACCUGCUGUCCUUUGAGUGACAGGCAGCGCCGAGUCAGAUACAAAUUCAGUAUGUCUCGAAAAGUUUCAUUUUCAGCUCAAAAGGCUCAUGAGAUAAUUCAAGCAGAAAUAUUCACUGCCACUUUUAAAUAUAGAACUCGUACUGCUCCGGGGUUUUUAUUAAGGAAAGGGAACAAGUGCUUUCAGAAAUCAGGACAGGGACCCAAUCUGUUGCUUUUAAAUGUUUUAGAUAAUUGGAAGAGGUCAAAGGUCACAGUAAUGGCUGAUUUAAGCUCAGACAGUUCUAGCUUGUUUCUAAAGAGAAGAACACGUGCAAGUGGAGAGAGAGGAACUGGGUUUGAGGUUUUUAUGGUGCAGAGGGAAUUCUAAUUUUAGUAUUUCAACACAAAUCAUAAGGAUUAUCAUUUUAUAACAAUGUACAUAUUAAGUUAAAGCUUUUUAAGCAGGUUAAUAACGUGUUAUUUCUGCCUUAGGAACGCAGUAAUUCUUCAUGAUCAAUCCAUUAUCCAUCCAUUCAUUAUCUUGACUCAGGGUUGCAGUGGUUGGAGCUUAUCCCAGCUGUCAUUAGGUGAGAGGCGGGUGCACCCUGGACAGCCAGCCGCUCACAGGGCUGAGGGCUAGAGAAUGAAAUAAUGAAUGUAAUAAGGUGUCCCUUUAAAUGAGCUCAAAAUGUAAAAUCUAGUUAUCUGAUAGGCUGAAAAAAGAACUAUAACUGAAAAAUUAAGCAUGAUUAUGAUACUUCUAUUUUAAAAAAGCCAAUGGCUACACUACUGUUAACCUGUUAAAUUUAUAUAUGGACAGCUCAUAUUUUGUUAUCAAGCUUUUUUUGCAUUUUUUAAACCUUUUAAAGGGACAUUUGUUGUUAUGAUCAUACUGUAAGUCCAUUUUACACAGAAGCUGCUACAAAGAAAAAAACAAUAAACUAAAACAGGUUAUAUAGCAAUAAUUACAUUCAGUAUCGUCAAAGUUUUAGUUUGUAAAAGUUGAGAAGUGAGGGAAGUUGGGCGAAAUAAGAGAGCGACAGAGGCAGAAUGAAUGUGGAGGUCUCAGAGAUACGGAGGGUUUUGGCAGGGUUCACAUCCAGUUCAGUUGGCACAACUACAGCAGCAGAGUCUGAUCAGAAGCCGAGACCUUUUGACCCUCAGCUUCAUCCAUUUGAAAAACAUCUGACCCAUUUUUUGGUCCAGUGAGUUUUUUAUUACAACACUAACAGAACUUGUCCCGUCCUACACUCGCUUUCGGCAGUGACUGACCCUGAAAGUGACCUUUCAGCGCUCCCAGUCAGUUUGAGAGUGUUUAAAAAACCUGAAAACGUAACUACUGCAACAACAACUGUUCAGCUAUUUUAAUUAAUGUUUUUCAUCACUUUUUGUCUCUGGAAGCCAAUUCUGACUUAUCUCCUGCAGAGAGAUACAGAAAAUCAAAAUGAGAAGAAGUUAAUUAGCUCCUCUUUUUUGGGCAUGCAUGUUUUCCUGAUUUUUCAACAACAAUUCUGCUCAUAUAUUCACACCCUUUUUUUCACCUACUGCCAAUGCCACGGAUUUUCUGCACCUAGUUGCAGAGACCCUCAGGUCUCUGCUGUAGGGCAUAAACAAAUUAGUUCUCUACUCUUGCUGUGAUGCAGACAGAAAAUCCACUGUGUAGCAUCUCUCCAAAAGAUGGUCGGACACUGAAAUUGAUGUUAUUAAUAUAUAUUUUAAAUCCCUUAACAAUGUAAGAGCUUAUCUCUGCUAUGGGGACUGUCUGCUAAACAUCUUUACAUCUUGUAGUUCUUUUAGCUGUUUAUACAGUUAUUCCCCCUGUACAAUCAGCCAAAGUCCCUUUUGUGUCCUUUUAAAUAUAAGCCAAAUAAAACCUGUUAAUAUUAAAACAGGAAAUAAAGUAGCAUAUACAAUAUACAGUUUAAAGGUAAAAUAAAAGCAUCACAAAUACCAGGUGUAUGAGGCAAUCCCACUUUCAGAUUAAAACCAUAUAAACCCAAAUGGUGGUGGUCGUUGAAUUGGAAAUACUAGUCCAACUAACUUCAGUCAACCGAGAAAAAGGCGCUGAGGUGGAGCUGAGGCGAGCCCUAAGCAUCCAACAAGCAGCUACAAUGUACCCAUCUCUCUGUCAACUCAGCUGUGCCCAGUAUUAUGCAAAUAUAUGGAUACAUCCAAGUCUUUAUAUAAACAUUAUGGAUACAUCAUGAAAAAAAACAUUCCCCGCACAGUGUAUGCAAAUAAAGAACUGAGUACCAAGUCCAAAACAUUAUUUGAACCAAGCUGUAAACAUGUUUAUUUGUGCUGUAAAUUGAGUCAUUUCAAUAAGGGCUCUAAUGAGGCUUCCUUUGCUUUUGAAGCCAGCCUCCUGUGGACACUCAAAGAACUGCAGUUUCUUGCACAUCUGCGUUGGCUUAAUUUUUCAACCCUUAAUUGGAUAACUUUUACAAUACUUUACACAUAGUUUACAUGCAUAAAAACAAGAGAGCUACUUGUCACAGGUAACAUGUUUGAUCGCCAAGAACCUAGCAUCAUCUUCUAAAUGCCAACAGAAUUCCUCCUUAACGGCUAAUUCUGGGAUGAUGCAUCAUUUAAAAAUGUAUUACAGCCUAUACUGUAUGUUGUGUUUCUUAGCAAACAUCUCAAGACUGUGAAUGUUUCAACAAAGACCACAUGAUUUGUUUGCACUCAUGAUAAGAAAAAGACAAAAACUUGUUUUACCUUCAAUCAGCCAAAUACAGAUAGAAACAAAACAGCAUUUCUGUGGCUCUCAAGCCUUUUUAGUAAAAGAAAAAAUAAGCCUUUCUUUGGACUGAGAAUUGUUUCCAAUUGUUGCUUUCUCAGAAAAUGUCUCCUCCUGGACUGAAAGUGGAUCCUGUCAAAACCCAGAGCAGACAUGUACAUGGAUAGAUGGUCAGAUGGGUGGUAUGUGGAGGGUGGGCUGCUGAAAGUUGUUUUUGAGAAAAGAGAAGCAGAGAUAAUGAGCUGUCAACAGAGAGAGAUGAAAGAGGUGGAUUUGAGUCAUGUGAAUAAUUAAGUGACAGACCAAAGACACAAAUUAGCGUCUCAGUCAGACAGGUUGCUUUUAUCGCGCUGUGAAAUCGCUCUGAUAGUUAAUCGUCUUCUACAUUUAAGCUGAGCGCUGUCUGAGUGAAAAUAAAAGAAGCAAUAACCUUUACUGGAGGUAUUUUUUUAAAUUCUUUUUUUAUUUUCGCUUCUCAUGAAAGAGUUCAAACCAAAGGUAAAACAGUUCUAACAGCCUUUAUGCUUGUUUAAUCACAGAGAAAGAUAACUCAUAGAAAGACUGACAGAUGUGUUGAGCUGGUUAAUGGUGAGCUGACAUUAACAUCAGAUAUCAUGCUGUUCUACCAAUCAGUCUGUCCCCCUCUGUGUCGCUGCAGGUGGAGCAGAAUCAAGCUGCAAAGCUUGUUUUAGCACAGUUAAAGUGCAAAUAUGUCUUUUUAAAUCCCUACAAUCCAAGCUUCUGUUCCUGACUCUUAAAUGACCCAGUCUGCCGUAGUGGCCUCUGAAAGUGACCGCUGUGUCCUUGGAGGGAUCAAGUGAGCCUCAGAAAAGAGACAGAAAUCCUGGAUGACACUGGGGUGAACACAGAGCCAGAUGUAGCUGUGGUCAUGUUGUGCCCGGCAGAGUGGGAGGAAUGUGGAGCUGGACUCUGGUAGAAAGAGGGCUUUGUCUCUGUCUUUGUUGCACCAACAAGGAGUCCUCAAAGAUUCCCAUCACUAUUAAAGUUUAAAACACAGCUAAUGUACCCCAAAAAACAUAUUCCAGGUCCUGUCUGUGCACAAUUUUUACCGCUUUUGCUAAAAUGUGUUUACAGCCAGGUGUUUGAAUUGUUACCAAGGACCUUUGGAAACAAACUCUGCUGUUAAGCUCUUCACAUGACAUCUUUUUGUGCUUUUGGAGAGACUCACUUUUAUCAUUCAUGUGUGAGGCUGACAGAUGUUUCAGUGAGUGGAUAUUUGCUAAACAAACCCAUUCCCAUUGCUAGUUACAGUAACACCAACAUGGGAAAAUGUUGUGAAGUCUGGGUGAACUGAACCAAGAGAGUUAAGAGCAAAAAUGUCAAGAGGAGGAACAGCUGCUUGAAUAUGUUUGUGAAAAUAAAUGCACAAAAGCAGCCAGAGGCACCAACACAGAUAUGAAAAUGAAUAUUUGACCCAAGCAUUAGAAAAUAAGAUUCCAUCUCCACUCAAAAACUGAAGAGUUUUCAAAAUAUUGGUUGGUUUUUUUUUGUGGUUUGACUUAUUCAACUUGAUUUUCCUAAAGUCCUAGACCUAGGACGAUCAGAGCUGAAGUUUUGAGGGGGGAAAAUCAUUGUUUAACAGUUAGCAUUCAGAUAACCUGCUUUGUCAGGUCUCUGCGGCUGCUGUUUAAUCAAGUCUGACUGACAGGCCUGAUGCACGAGCAAAACAACAACGGAGAGAAAGAAAAAACCUCACAUCUGUCAUCCCAUUCUCAUUUUCACUGAGUAAGCACCCUUUAUUUUGAACCAAUGGGAAUAGCACAAAAUGCUUAACUCGUUGGAAAUAAAAAAAAAAGGAAAACAAAGAAUGUCUUCAUAGUUCCAAAACUUCAAGAAAAUGUAGACAUUUUUUCCCCCUGCAACACUGAGGUUGUUCAUUUGAUUUGAUCGGUCCCUCAGCUCAGAGGUAAUCACUACACGGCUGAAUAAACCCGGUAUCAGAGAGGAAACCUUUCAUACCACAUCAGACUGACAGCAGCUGCUUGUUUUGAGUCAGAAGCUAAAAGCAAUAAGAGCCUGAGUGAAUGCUCAGAGGGCGUCAGAUUGUCUGAAAUGCAACACUUCUUUUUUUUCUUUGAGCAGAAUCAAAAGUUAAGAGAAGAGAAGUUCAAAGCAUUUUAAGACAAUCACAGCAGCUCUGUUCUAUUAAAAUGCAUUUAUAACCACUAAAGCUGAUAUAUUUUGUAUUCUAUGAUGAAGGAACAGUGGUGUACAUUUUAUGAAAGAUUUUAUAUCACUCUUUUUAUGAUAAUUGUGAAUAUACAAAUUUGUUUUGGCUCUAACAAAUGAAGGAAAGUGAUUUAUUUCAAUAUACUUAUAGAAUCUAGAUAUUAGAGUUUGAUUAAAGAAACAUGAUCCUGCUUUUUUUAGAGAUAUAUAUGCUGUUGAAUCUGUUGCAUGUAAAUCUGGUCGACUUAAUUUCAGUCAGUUAUGAUGAAUGAAGGAAUUUAAAUGCUGCACAUAACAGACUCUUUGCAUACACAGCAUGAAACAGACUGCUGAAACAAAUCUGGGAUGUACUCUUUUUAUCGAUUGUAUCUGAAAACCUGCAAAGUUCAUGAUUUCUUUCCUAUUUUUUAUGUAAUGAAAGUAUGCUACAAAAAUCCAAAUGGAUGAUUUCUUUGUUUUAUUUUCUAAAUGUAUCUUUUUUUAUGUGGGGAUGUAAUAACUCCUGUAAUGAUUGUAAUCUUUUAAAAUAUCUUGAAAUAGAUGCUAAUGAUGACC